AUGGCUGGUUUCGAUACUUACAAGACGCCUCUCGACUCGCGCUACUCCAGCGAUGAGAUGAAGCAGCUGUUCAGCCAGCGCUCGCGCCACAGCACGUGGCGGAAGCUCUGGCUGUACCUCGCCGAGAGCGAGAAGGAGCUGGGCAUCGACUCCAUCACGGACGAGGCCCUCGCCCAGAUGCGGGCCCACCUCACCGUGACCGACGACGACUUCGGCGUCGCCGCCGUCGAGGAGAAGAGACGCCGACACGAUGUCAUGGCGCACGUCCACGCCUUCGGCCAGGUCGCCCCGGCUGCCGCUGGUAUCAUUCACUACGGAGCUACUUCUUGCUAUGUUACUGACAAUGCGGAACUGAUCCUCAUGAAGAAUGCUAUCGACCUGCUGCUGCCGAAGCUGGCCAAGGUCAUCAGCAACCUUGCCCAGUUCGCUGAGAAGCACAAGGCUGUGCCCACUCUCGGCUUCACCCACUACCAGCCUGCUCAGCUGAUCACGGUUGGAAAGCGAGCUGCCCAGUGGGCACAAGCUUUGAUGAUGGACCUGGAGGACAUCGAGUACGUCAGAAAGAACCUCAAAUUCCGCGGUGCUCAAGGAACUACCGGAACCCAAGCCUCCUUCCUCGAGAUUUUCCACGGCGACGGUGCCAAGAUUGAUCGUCUGAACGUUCUCCUGUGCGCCAAGGCCGGCUUUGAAGACUGCUAUGAUGUCUCCACGCAGACAUACACAAGAAAGGUCGAUCUCAGAGUCGCCAACGCCAUCGCUGGUCUUGGUGCCACUGUCCAGCAGAUCACCUCGGAUAUCCGUCACCUUGCUAACUUGAAGGAGGUUGAGGAGCCUUUCGAGAAGGACCAGAUUGGUUCUUCGGCCAUGGCAUACAAGCGUAACCCCAUGAGAUCGGAGCGCAUUGCAUCUCUGGGCCGCAAGUUGUCCAACCUACCGGUCAACUUCAAGGAUACCUUUUCUGUCCAGUGGAUGGAGCGAACUCUGGACGAUUCCGCCAUCCGUCGUAUCGAUAUCCCCGAAAUGUUCCUCCUCGCAGAUGCCAUCCUGAUUGGCAUGGACAACGUGACUGAUGGCCUCGUCAUCUACCCCAAGCGCAUUGAGGCCCGAACCCGGGAGGAGCUCCCCUUCAUGGCGACCGAGAAUAUUAUCAUGCGCAUCGUAGCGAAGGGCGGGAGCCGUCAAGAUGCUCAUGAGGAGAUUCGUGUCCUUUCCCACCAAGCUUCGGAUGUCGUCAAGAACCAGGGUGGCCAGAACGACCUCAUCGAGAGAAUCAAGGCCACUGAGUACUUCAAGCCCGUCUGGAACGAGAUCGAUGAGAUGCUGGACCCCAGCCUGUAUAUCGGCCGCUCUGUCGAGAUCGUCGACCGCUUCUGCAGCACUGGCGGUGUCUUGGAGAAGAAGCUCAAGCCUUACCAGUCUUACAUCCAGCAGGCUGGAACGGCUCAGCUGAACGUAUAG